CCCUGGACACACUACAGCAUCUGAGCAUCUAGUGGUGUCUGCCCGUAGUUAGGAGCAGGGGUUAUACCACAGUUUCUAGAAAGGGCUGCUAGAGUCAGGAGCUGGAGGUAAAGUCACCAGGCACAUUCCAGGUUUGGUGAUGCUCUCUCCUGCAGACUUGCUCAGAGCUGCUGUUCUCUCCAUGGGGCCUGAGGGCAGGGCCAGGGACUUGUUCUGUAGACCAGAACUUAGUCACAGGGAAGACAGCAACGGCCUCACCCAGGAACAGUGCAGAUCCCACCACGCACGCAGCCACGUCUCGGGUCAGGACUGCGUAGAUGGGCAGAUCUUGGGCCAGUUGCGCCCCCUGUCAGAAGAGGAGGAAUCCUCUGGAGCUACCUUCCUUGGAGAACCCGCCUUCCCUGAGAUGGAUUCAGAGGAUCUCCGCCUGGCUUCCUUCUUCGACUGGCCAUCCACUGCUAGGAUUCAGCCUGAGUCAUUGGCUGCUGCAGGCUUCUUCCAUACAGGCCAGCAGGACAAGGUGAGAUGUUUCUUCUGCUAUGGGGGUCUGCAGAGCUGGGAGCAUGGGGAUGACCCCUGGACAGAGCAUGCCCGAUGGUUUCCCAGGUGUCGGUUCCUGCUACAGACAAAAGGAAGGGACUUUGUGGAAAGAAUCCAGGCUUGCACCCCCUUGCUUGGCUCCUGGGACCAAUGGGAAGAGCCAGAAGAUACAGUCCCUGUCACCCCCUCAGAUACCAGGGGCAACCGGGAAAGGAGCCAGAGCUCAGGUGUGUCCAGCACACCCCCUUCACAACUGAUGGCUGACUUGCUCCAGGAGGAUGAGGGCCAGACAGCAAGGGCCAGAGCUCCUGCCCAAGGAGACCCUGAAUUGCCGGCAUCCAGAAGAGAGACGCAGCCUGAAGAUGCCAGUGAGUCAGGAGCUGGGGAUGUGCGGGAACAGCUGCGGCGACUGCAGGAGGAGAGAACGUGCAAGGUGUGCCUGGAUCGAGCAGUAGAUGUGGUCUUCGUGCCCUGUGGCCACUUAGUCUGCACUGAGUGUGCCCCCAACCUGCAGGUGUGCCCUAUCUGCAGGGUACCUAUCGGUAGCUGUGUACGCACCUUCCUGUCCUAAACCAGGUACCUACACUGCAGGAUGGGUACCCUGCCUGCCUCAUCCUGUCCCAGACCAUACAGUAGGUCUGCUGGGGACGCUCAGUGUCUACCACAAACGUAGCACAGCAUAGAGGAAGAGUUCCUGGCUGGUGUGAGGAGUGGUUCUGUUAUAGCUUUGGGGAUCUGUUUGAAGACCAAUAAAGUCUCACCUUAAUGCUCA